AAUUUUCAUUAAUAUUUCUUUUCUUUUUCAAGACAAGCGAAUCGAAGAACUCGUUCUUUUCGUGGAAGCUCGAAUAACAAUGACAUAGUAGCUAAAGCAAUGGUUUGCAGUGCUAUUUUUGCAGUACGCGUACUACGAAUCGAUCAAUAUACUAUUUCUUUACCACUUCUCUUUUCUUCGUUCCGCAAGGCUCGUUACUCGAUCGCGUUACGCGAUCAUGAGUCUCUUUCAUUUUUAAUUCCCUUUCAUUCAUCGAUCAAACACCCAUAUUAAAUUACUAAUAAAGCUUCCAUUAUUUAAACAUUUCCAUUCUCCUUUCGUGAAAGCUCUCGCAUUAAACGAAAGAAUAAAAAGACUCGAAAGAAUAAUAAACAAAACGAGACGGAUAAAAAGAAAUAAUCUGCAACGUCGUUAAGUAAAUAUUCUCUAAUUAAUAUGAAAAAAAAAACAAACAUAUUCUGGAUUAAAAGGGAGUAGAUAGAAAGCAGGUACAAAUGAAGCUCUCAGGGAUUAAAAUAAAACACAGAAGGCUCGUUCGAUUCAAGGUAACUGUCAAAUCAGAGUAAAAGAGCGAAAAAGAAACAAUCUUUCUGUUCGCGAAAGAAAAGCAACACGCCGUAAAACAGAACGAUAGGCGGAUAUUCAAAGUGUAAAUGGAAAAUUGGCUGGCUCGUGAUUCGAGAUGGUCCACGGCUAGUGCGUCACAGUGAAAAGUUGCUAUACCAAAUGCUGCACCCUGUGGUGGGGAUAUUUUGCGCAUCAUCCCCCUAAUAUCUGGAAAGCACCCUGACCCAAAUACACGUACGCGCGGAACAACCGGACGCUCUCCUCUGCCAGGAUCAUCCGACAUCAAAUGAAAACCACCGCGACAUUUUUCAUGUUCGAUGCCUUGUAAAAGCCCUUUCACAUCGAUGAUCACCUACACGAGUCAUGAAUUGCUUCAAAGACUACUUUCCACACUAACACCGAACGUUACGCGAAAUUCUCGUGUUAGCUCGAAGUUCUCAAGUUUUUGAAACUUUGGUUUCAAGCUGGAGGUACUGCAGGCUUCCGUUAAAAAAUUGGGUCCACGAUCGUAAUUGUUCCAGCAUGUUUAUCGCAUUGGAAAAGAGAAAGAGAAUAUAUCGUGUAAAGUGCAUUCUAAAUAACCCAAUGUCGAAGAGUCAGUAGAGAGGAAACAGAUUCGUUUUAUCCCUAUUUAUAUCCAGGGACCAUACACAUCAAGCUCGAAGUCGAUUAAACUCCUCAAAAUUCUAUAUUCGACCGGGUAAUGGAAUUACCACGUGGAAAUAGUGCAAUUUCCAUUCGAUACUCGGUCGAUCGAAACUCGAUUUCCAGUCGUUUCCAUUCGACGUCGAGAUGGUCAUCAAGUAUCCUAUUAAUUUGUGAUUUAUUGCACAUGAUUUCCCCGAUAAUACUCAUCGUACAAGUUCAAUAGUCUAUUAACUAUCAUCGCGUUCAGUUGUAUCACAAUAAAUAGUCAUUUUCGUCACGCGGAAAAUCUGAAAAUCUAUCAAGUACCGCGAAAUGGUACUUUUACAUCAAAGUGUAACCUUUAAUCAAUAUCAAAGUGUCAUUUUGUGAUACUUUUACGUCAUCGUUUAACUUCCUGUGCUUAGGAAUGCUGCAUAAGCAAAUAAUCUAUGAGUGAUCAGCAAUGCUUAAGUAGUUCAGUGGAUUUUAUCGAUAUAACAACUUUCACUCUGAUGCAAAAAGUAAUCUUCCUGAAUCAAGCUAGUGCACAUAAAUUCCAACGAAAUAUUUAUUAUCUCAAACGGUUUUGGUUCGACGCCUUGAUUUGUUUGUGAAAAAAAUAUUCAUUGAGUCAGGGGAAAAGGAGAUUGGUAACGGGUAGCGUCAUGCUUGAGAUCCUUUCUCGAUCUUAGCUUUCAAUUUCUGUCAGUUUGCUCUCAGUGCUAUCAUUGGCGAGGAUAGAGCUCUCUUACAGUUCUUGUGCUGUGUUUCAACGAUGAUUCCAGGAUUAUUUGUUCCUCUGCUGUGUCGAAUCAUCGUUAUUAGAAGAGGUAAUUAACGUCAGAGCAAAACCUGUCAAAACAGGUUUAUUUUCCAUCUUACGUGCAAUUUAUUUUCAAUUUAGAUAGACGCGUGACUCUUGUUAUUCUAGCGUUAAACUAAACUCGUAAUGGCUGUAUGUGGUCACUUAACAUUUCGCUCGUUAAUUAGAGAUAUUUGCUCAAAUUUCAAACGCCUACACUGAUAUUUUUUUAAGGCGAAAAUUUUGUAGUUAUAAAUAGGGCAUUCAGAGAGUGAAUUUGGUGCUAGUCCGGAAUAGUUGCAAUGAAAAAGCAGGAUUUUUCUUUCGUCUUUAUUUAAAAGAGACCUCUUUAAAGUGCACGCACUCGGAACGAAGGACUCGAGUUACAGUACUGUUUGAAUUUUUGGUCUGCUCCUGACAAGCUCGCUUUUCACCGAAAAUUCUAAAAGUUUCCUUUCACCAACCUAUGGCAUUUUUCAUUUGCUUUUGUGCCUUUUAAAAUUCAAUUCGUCGUCUUGGUUAAUUAAAACUGUACGAAAAUAAUGAAUACGAGGUUCUUCUGAACAUUACAAAUUAAUUAAUAAGUUCUGCUUUUUGUUCAUAACGUAAUUUAAAAGAUACAAAAAUAUCAAAGAAUUUAGAAUUCCAAAGCGAUUUUUUUGAAUUGAAGUUAUGUUUCUUUCGGUACUACGAAGAUCACGUGACUUUCACUACAAAGUGUAACGCAAGAAUCAUAGAUGCGCUGAAUCUAACUCGAGUCGAAUUACCAUAAAUUAGCUUAAUUAACCAUCGUGCGCAGACUUUCUUCAAAGCGAUCGUCAAGAACAUUGUGCUAUUUUCCACGCACAGUUCACCGUUCGUCGCGUUUCAAUAAAUACUUAUAAUUAACGUUUCAUUACACCGUGCUGUUGCAUCAAUGAAUACUCGUUUCAAUAUUGCAAUUUUAUCCUGAAAUAAAAAAGAAUUGUCGAAGCAGAACUGACCAUUGUUCAGUGGUCGAUAUCGUAAAAACUGGCUUCUUCGAAAUGGUUUCGUUUUCUACACCUCGGAUUAUGGCCCCACAAUAAUAAUUCUGCGUUUCAUUCUUUCCUUCUCUAACUUUCGAACACAAUACUUUCUCCGCCAUCGAAAGAAAUCUUUUUCCAAGUUAACACCUUCGUGUCAUGAUAAAAUCGUAGAUGUUGGAUACGGAGGAUACAUUCGAAAUUAAAUUGAAAACUAGUUUGAUUGUUAGGGGCUUUUUUUGGUGAUCUGAAUUAUGUUAUCAGGUGACAGUCCUCUGCACCUAACUCCGCUUCCCACUGGAACUUGCUUCUACUGUUGUCCCAUCGACUUAGAACGCGACAUCGAAUUUCUCUUAUUCACCAGACGGAACCCAAAUUACCCCACCAAACUGAAUAGUUUUGAUUCCUUCACGUUGAAGAACAGCAAUUUUGACGUAAGAUACCCGACCAUAAUUUUCAUCCACGGAUACAGCGAGAACGCGUUCGAAGGAAGCGCUGCAGCAAUUCGAAAAGGCGAGCUGUACGUGGAGGACCUGGGCGAGAGAAGGAUCGUUUCCAUCAGAAUGGGUUGGCUUUGGGUCGAGGGUACUCCGAUGAGGUUACCAUUGAGGGCGUUGAACUUACGCCAAGCACCACCCAGUUUGUGUCAACCUCACGCCCUGGCUCUUGGUUUCAUGCUGAGCAAUUCGCAGAAUCGCACCCUCGCCACUUUUUGGGCCGACACGGAGCCAAUCUACUGGUCCUGGGUGAGGGCGAUCGCAGCAGAGUUGGUCAGACAAACACCCUUCCGGGCGCAACGUUGCCUGAACUUCUUAGAGAUCCUAACCAUCUGUCCGCGAGGUCCAGUUCCAUUGCCCGACAGCCCUACAGAGUCCAGGAGACGUUCUCGAAGCGAAUUGCGUUGUUGGCCGAGCGAUUCACCGAUCGAUAAGGACACUAGAACGGCCACCAUUCUCGAGGAAUCCCGGCGAAGAGCGAGGAGCGAGUUGAGGGGAUGGUCCAGCAGUAACUCGAGCGACGAGGAUCUUCUCGGCGAUUUUCGUGGAAUACCGACGAUAAUAACGAAGGAUCAGCCGAUAAGGACUUGGGGAUGCAGCGAGAGCAGCGAAGGAAGCGACGAUAGCCUUCCUUGGGGUGGGGUGUGUCGUUCCAGCGUAGACUCCGUGGAUUCUACGGUAUCCAUUCCCGAGCCGGAGACCAGAGAGCAAAGGAUUCAAAGAUACAAGGAAGCUAGACGGAGAGAAAACGAGGCCAGGAGUAGAAGGGUCCUAGAGGAGGACGCCAGAAGACGGAAGGCGAGAGCCGAAGAGAAUAACAACGAUAUCCUGAAGACCUACGGUACCGGCAGAUCUAGGAGCAGAAUAUACGCUGGCAACGAUAACGACGAUUAUUGUCUAUCGCUGCUGAAGAAAGAGAACAACUCUUACGAUUCGUCGAGACUGAAGAACGAGAAGAACAUCAACAAUAGACUACCGCCAGUGAAGCCGAACGAGACCUCGUCGGUGAGGUUCGAGGACGAUCACAGAAACGAGGACGACGAAAAGAACAACAAUAGCCCCAAACAUACCAAUAACGCGAGUCCUGGGAUACUUCGAACGGAUAUCACCGAGAGGAGGAGCAGAGCCAGGGAGAGGAGAAGCGUCCGAGAAAAGGGGCUGUUGCAGGCGCAGCAGCUGACGAGCACCACCGUCGAAACUCUUCAGGAACGCAAGGAACGUCUGGCCCAGUUGUCGUCCAGGAUACCGGUGGCUCGUCAACUAUGUCUGAAUUCAGUCAAACCUGAAAACUGUAACUCUCCCAUUCUACCAAGGUCGUCGACUUCCCUGUCGGUCCUAACCGAACCACCCUGCGAAGAAGACGUAGCCAGACUGCUAGAACGAUGUCAGAGGGUGGAUCACUACGUGCCAGUUCGAGAGAAGCUAACGUUGUUCGAAUCUCUGUCGAGACUAGGCGGUCGACUAGCGAGGAGCACAGAAGAUCUGGGUCGAACCUCGUCGAAACCGAGUCCCAGAGGAAAGCAACGCGCCAGAUCUCUUCACGAUCUGAACAGAGGAGUGAGGGCUGUUCCUGUCAGGGAGAUGUGUCGAUUCUUCGAGGGAGACGUGGAGCAAGAGCAAAAGUCUCUUAGCAAAACGAGGUUCAGUGACCCUGUGACACCCACGAGGAACAAUUGGAAGGACACUUCGAGUACGAAGGGCAACGAGGCACCUUGCGUUAGGUCGUCUACUAGGAAGAAACACUACUUGAAGUAGUUUAGAGCAUUUAAAGGAUCAAAUCUUUCUUCGGUUGUAUCCUGGUGAUCUGUUGUCCCUUCAAGGGAAUUGCUAGCUUUCGAAAGCUGGUCUUUCAGAAAAAUAUCGAGUCGAGAUACACCAGGAUGUUUCGAAACUUUGGAAAUUCGCCGCGUUCUUUCAGAUUCGUCUCGUGCAGAGGUCAGGAGUUUCUUCCCGGAGGGAAUUCGUUAAGAUACCACUUUGCGGAAUUUGAGCGCGUAACUCCUGUUGCUCCUGUAAAGCCCCGGGAGCAAACUUCUGAGCUGCGCACGGUAUUUGAAGAGUAGCUAAACGGGAUCAAUGUUUAUCAACGGUUUAGCCUCGAACGCGCUCCGUUGACCGCGACGAAUCGUCACACUCGUGUCGGGAGAAAGUCGCUGCCCGGAGCAGCCUUUUUGCUCUUCAGGAUCCGAACUGUGCUCGAUUCUCGCCGCGACCGUAACGUUCCGUUCGACUAUCGAUACGAGCAGCCACGACGACGCGUUUACGAAAAACACGAAAAUUUUUCCUUUAUUACGCGGGCAAAGAACGAGAUCGAUUAAAAUAUAAGAGAGAGGAUAGGAGAGACUUUUUCGAUGAUUUUGUUCGUUUAAUUUUUUCAAACGACGAUUGAUCCGCUAGACGAUCAAUAUUUAUAAUUGUUAAUUUUGUACAUAAAAAAAUUGUAUUUGUUUGCAAUCGUUGGCAAGUACCUGAGUUUGCGAUUCAUUGAUCGCGAGGGAGUUGUAAAUAAUUUCGAAUAUCCGUCUCUACGCGCAAACUAAUGUCGACUUCCGUUCGCUUCCAAUCGGGACGAUCAUUUCCGUUCGUGUUUUUCCCCUGCUCUCUCGUUCCUCUUUUUUUCGAUGGGUUCAAUUGGGUCGUGCGAACGAUUCUUCAACCAUAAAUACACGCCGUGUCUCGCAACUUGGUUGUUCGUACGAUUUAAUUACAAUGAAACAAAGAACGACGGUGUUUAUGCAACGAACAAUAUUAAUUUCAUUUGUUUGGAAGCGGCGAGAGUAGCGACUUUAUCGAUUAUCGAUAUCCACGAAUCGUUGAAUUAGUGCCAAAAAAAUGUUACGUUUCCUCGAGGAACAGAAAGAAAAGCGAAUAAUUUUUGUACAUACUUAUUUCUUUUAGGAUUAAAUUGUUCAUACGAGAAAGAAGAAAAUAACUUCGUUGUUUCGUGUUUCGUGUCUUCAAUGUUUGAGAUCGCGGAAGAGAUGACCGAUAGAGAGUUGCUUUUUCUGCGAUCUACAAAAUGAUUAUUUAUUUAUAUAUGUAUAGAAACGUGUUAGCAAUAGUCGCGUUAGGUUGAUUCUAUGAGAAUCGACGAUACUGAUCGUGAACGAGAAUUUUGUUGUACGGUAAAUUAAUCCAGAACGAAGCGUCGCCUUCGCAAAUCAAAGAUUCGCCCGUUUAUUUUCGUAUUUUCUCGAUGGGGUUACUCGCGUAUUCCGUAGAAAGGUAUAUAAGAUUUGCGAUUUCGUGUGCUUUGUCUAUAAACCUGUAAACUUGACGAAAGUAUAAUGGGAAGAACGUUAGUACGAUGAUCGAUGACGGGAAUGAUUAUUUAAACUUAUGGCGAAUUGAUCGAGCCUUCUCGGCUAACGCUAGAACGAUCGGUAUCGAAUUUACGUUUACCUACUUCUGCACUGGAAAUAGAAUGAAUUAGUUCGAUCCGCGCGAACGAAAGAAUUUUAAUUAAAAUAUUGGUAAUUUCAAUUAAAAGAUUGAUUAUCGUAAGGGCUUCGAUCGUUCUAGCGUUAAAGAUUACACGUUCGUAGAAUUUCUAGCUGAUCAACUAGUUAAUUUGAAGGAACUGUUUAGUGAAUUGUCGAAACACGAGCGAAGGGGAUAUUUUAGAAAGGAAAGAUUAUAGGCGAAAAGUGUAACCGACCAGCAAGGUUCGAUCGAGACGUCGAUGCAAGCCGACGACCGCGUUACAGGGUGAAUGGUGGAACAACCCCUUGCGCUCGGAUAUCUUAUCCUUUAAGAUACAUUCUUUCUCUUGCCAAUAAAUGGAAGGCUAUUCUGUGCACGCACAAGAGAAGCACGUGGUGCUGGCACAGGUCGAUGAACAAGCCUGUCUGUAAAAAAUGAAGCGAUUCCGAGCGGUUGGACAGGCGAACGUGAGAAGUCAUCCAAGCGCAGAGGGUUGCCCUGUCGAGCGGGUGAAAAAAUGGAAAAACUCGAGUCCGGAGAAGAUGAAGAAGACGUUGUUGCUCCUCUUCUGCGGAAACCCUGUAAAACCGGUCGAUCGCCAAAGAGUCCUCUAGUCCCCCGGUCGGAGAAAUCCGAAAAGGUUAUAAUAUACACGUGUAUCCCUCUUGAUCGUGUGUUAACCCCUUGCGUGUACCGUCAGAUAAAAUUCACAGCUACGUAUGUAAAUACUAUUCGAUUAUGACGCGAUUAAAAAUUUAAUCGCGAUCUUUAAAACGAACCUCUCGUGAUUCUUUGGUCAUUGCCAUCGCGUAAGGGGUUAACGUAACAACAACCCCUUUGAACUUUGUAAUCAGACACACAAUCUAUCGGUGUUCUACGGUAACCAUACAUAUACACGUACACGUACAUAUACGAACACGUACACACAUAGUCCGACAGAUUUGUAUUUUACGUUUGUUGUAAUAAAAAGAAGGGACGAAUAA